CGCCGGCCCCGCCCGUGGGGGUGUCCCUCCCGCCGCCGCCGUCCGCGCGCCACUCCAGGGACGCUCCCCGUGCGGUUCCGGGCGCACCAUGGCCCGCCGGGCCGCCCUCGUGCUGCUGCUGCUCGCCCUGCUGGGCACCGUGCCGCCCACCCCGGGCCAAGACUUUGAUUUAUCGGAUGCUAUUGAUGAGGAUGUCAAGAAGCCCACUCCCACCCCCAGAAAACCCAACACAGAUGAUGGCUUCAAUUUGGAAGACGCUCUUGGUGGCGGAGGAAAACAUGACCCAGUACCACCCAAUCCACCCAAACCCAAACCUAACCCGAACCAGCCUGGCUCUUCAGGAGGCUUUUCGGAUUCUGAUCUUGUUGACAGCAAUUCAGGUGGAGGAGGUGGCAGUGGCGGCGGCGGUGGCGGCGGUGGCGGAAGGCAGAGGCAUGACGACAAUGAGCAGGGCGACUCCCCCGGGGUGGUGCCUGGCAUCGUGGGCGCCGUAGUUGUCGCCGUGGCCGGUGCCAUCUCCAGCUUCAUCGCCUACCAGAAGAAGAAGCUCUGCUUCAAAGAGAACGAUGAGUCCAAGAUCUAGGGAGGAGCCGAGCAUCCCGGGCGGGGCCGCCGGAGCGUCCUUGUCAUCCGUGUGUGUCCACAGAGACGCAGAGUCGAAGGCAAAACCCUUGCCGUGUGUCCUUUUCUGUAGGAAAGCUGCCAGGCCGAUGUGUUUCCCCCGGAUCAGAUUCCAACCCUCGCCUCCCCUGUGCUUUUGUCCUCACAUCCCGUGUGGCUUUCCCCCUUCCCAAGGCACAGACGCUUAGAACGUUCUGUUUUCACGCACAAGUAGCUUGCGAAAAACGAAGGGAAAUGCAGAGGUCUCUAAAAGCAGAAGCUAACAGAAACAAGGGGGACUUCCCUGCAUGAACCAGGUCCAUCCUCCGUCCUUGUGGGGUGGGGGUCCAGAGGGAGGAGGGAGGGGCAGGGGUGGGCAGCCACCGUCCUCCCUCCAGUGUCCCGGGAGGACCGCCCGCCAGGGUCAGAGGCUGGGGUCCUCCCCGGGCAACGAGGACCCGUUUAACCCUCCGAUGGCACAGCCUUCAUCUCCAUGAAGUGUCUCCUCUCUUCUUGCUCUGGUCCCUUUUUGCUCCCAUCUGUGAAUGUCCCAGUUCUCCGUGGGCCAAAAAAAAAAAAAAAGUUGUUGGCGUUUUUAGGAAUCACCUAAAAAUCUCGGGAUGCUAGGCUUCCAGGGUGGGCGGCAGGUCACGACGGGAGGGGUCUUGCAAAGUCUGGCAUCCCCCGGAAGCCCAGACGACGCCGAGGGGCUCUUGCAGGUCAGCCCGCCUCCUCCUGGGUGGAGUUUCCCUCUUCCGACCUUGUGCGGAGGGUCCAGGGGAAUGAAUGCCCCUUCCUGAGACGCGAUGGCGGGUGGGGACCUUGGGGGGGGGCGGUGAGUCUCGGGAGGCGACUGUGACAGGCGUGCCCGUGGCUGUGAUUAGCCUCCACGGGUCACUUCGGCGGCCGUCGGGUAUGGAAAGAAGGGUCCCUGAUUUCACGGUUCUUCUGCUCAAACGUCCCUGUGAGCACAGGGGUGGCUGUCAGGCAAAUCUCUCGGUCCCAGGGAAGACGUGCCCAGUGAAGGGACAGAUCGGAUGCUGCCGGUCAGUCGUCCACCUCCCGCCCCCACCCCUGGGGCCAGGCGCGGUCCCCAGGACUUGCCACGUAUAUACAUGGAGUCCCCAAGUCUAGAGACCUCUGCAACGUACCGUUGCUACGGUUCAUUUCACGGGCCUCGUGCUUCCUCACCUGCAAGAGAUGCUCCCGGGUGGCGGCGCCCUUGGCCUUGUAAGGGUUGGGCGGGCGGAGGUGGGGCGAGGUACCCAGUGCAGCCCAGGCUCCCCUUAAGGGCACGUGGGGUUGGGACGGGCGCUGGGGCACUGGGACCCUGGCUCUGUCGCCCUCAGCACAAGCCUCCAGCUCAGCUCAACGGCGCCCGCAGCCCCGGCUGAGCAUCUUUUACUGAGUGACUCCAUUUUUCUCUCCUUCCUCCCUCCCUUCCAGCCUCCGUUCUUUCUUUUUUCUCUUUUUCUCUUUCUUUUCUUCCGUCUCUUUUUUUUUCAGUUUCUUUCUUUCAAUCUCUUCCUUCCUUUUUCUUUCUCUCUCUCUCUCUUUCUUUCUUUCUGCUGUCUUCCUUCCUUCCCUCCUUCCUUUCUCUUUUUCCUUUCUCUUUUUUUUUCUUGUCAUCUCCUUCUGACAUGAACGCCUCCUUGGGGUUUCUUGCCACAGCAGCUGGACGAUGUCCCUCAGUCAAUCACCCAGCCACUUCCCUGCCAGCAGAACAGGUGCCACGCGUGGUGACGCACCUCUUUUUCCUCUUUUUUGCGACUCAGAGCUUUGGUCUCUGACUGCGGUCUCCGUUGGUGCUUGGGGGAGGGGGACGGCUGGCAGGACCCACUGCCUGUGGGCAGCGCUGUGUGUUUCUGGGACCUGGGUUCAGAGCGGUGUUGGGGUCCCCAUGUGGUCCUAACCCCAGACGAUGCCUCUGAAAGCUUUGAAAAUGGGGAGACGGUUGUCCUGGAUCCUAUGAGCUAACUGAGUCCACUUCGUGUCAUAUGUGCUUGUGUCUCGUCCCCAGCCCUGCAGUAAAGAAAUAAACAUGUUUUGACUGGGA